AUGGCUAUUGCUGCGCGCUUCAAUCUGGAACUCAAGCAAUAUAAUGCUGUUAAUGCCUUCGUUAAUGCCAUACUGGACGAAGAGAUGUUUAUACGAAUGGCUCCUAGAUAUCGUGAACCUGGAAAGAUUUAUCAACUGAACAAGGCCCUCUAUGGACUGCGCAGAUCACCACUAUUAUGGCAAAAGGAACUUACCAGUACUCUUACAAAGUUAGGGUUCAAGGCUGUGCCUCACGAACUGUGUUGCAUAUUAAAAUCUGGGAUCAUACUGUUCUUUUAUGUAGACAAUAUCGUUGUCACAUAUAAGAAGAGCCACCAACUAGAAGCUGACUCAGUCAUGAACCAACUUCGUGCCAAAUACAAAAUAUCUGGAGGAGGAGACCUAGAGUGGUUCCUAGUAAGCACUCAACCUGAUGUGGCUUUUACCAUCUCACGGCUUUCACGGUUCUUGUUAAAUCCUAGACCAAAGUACCAUCAAGCUGCUGACAAGGUUUUAUGCUACCUCAAACGUCAUCGUGCGUACACCUUGAGGCUUGGAGGAGGUGAAGAUUAUUCAGUAUUAACAGACGCCUCCUUUGCAGAUAAUACACUUAACUAUAAGAGCUCGCAAGUAUACAUCAUGACACUUUUUGGUGGAACAAUAGGAUGUAAACAGGAAUACCAAAAGUUCCUCAAUCAAAUCAGAGUAGAGGAUACCAACAGCUAUCUCACUCCCCAGCAAAAGGAUAUGGAGAACCCGGAUAUCGAAGAAUUACUUUCUCUCAAUGACGUGCCCAACAACUUAUGA